CUCUCCCUUGUAUGCCUCCACAACCACACCACGUUUGAGAUGCCUGGGCUAAAGCGUGACUCUGCCGAUAUCAGCGAGAAUGAUGAGCCAUCCUAUACCUCCAGCCGCGCGUCGUCCGGUAGUAAACGCACCCGCUAUGACCGCGACGCGUCGACACUAUCCGAACCUCGACCAGUAGCAAACGGGAAUCGUAACCCUGCCACUGCACAAGAUGGUGAAGAGUAUACCCAAGAGCCUCAUCAGCCCGGCACCAUCGUGAGGGUUACUCUGAUCAACUUCGUCACGUACACGGCCGCCGAGUUUCACCCGGGACCGAGCUUGAAUAUGGUUAUAGGGCCUAAUGGCACCGGAAAGAGCACCCUCGUGUGUGCUAUAUGUCUUGGCCUUGGGUGGGACCCUAGAAAUCUCGGUCGAGCAAAAGAGAUUGGCGAGUUCGUGAAGCAUGGCAGCACCGAGGCUACCAUCGAGAUUGAACUUGCAGGCGCGGAACACCAUGAUACCAAUCCUGUGAUUCGUCGCAUCAUUCGCAAGGAGGGAAACAAAUCCGUCUGGUUCAUCCACGGCCGUCAAUCCACGCAGAAAGAAGUCGUCCGCCUGGCGAAAUCAUUCGCUAUUCAGAUUGAUAAUCUGUGUCAGUUCUUACCGCAAGACCGUGUGGUUGAAUUUGCGGGCCUGUCACCCGUCGCCUUAUUGAAAGAGACCUUGCGUGCUGCAGCACCGGAAGAGAUGGUACAAUGGCACGAUGAGCUUAUCAAUCUACGCUCGGAAGAGAAGAAGCUUGAAUCGGAACAAAAGGGUGAAGAAGCCGCUUUGAAACAGUUGCAAAACCGGCAGAACGCUUCUCGGGAAGAUGUCGAGAGAUACCAUGAGCGUCAGGCGCUUGUAACGAAGCAAAGAGCCCUCCACAGGUGUCGCCCCCUUAUCGAGAGGAAUCUGCUCGGAAAUCAAAUUCAAGACAUAAAAGCGCAGUUGCAAGAGACCCAGCAGCAGCAGAGACAAGUAGAAGCAGCCGCUGGCCCGGCUCGUGCAGCUGAACACGAGAUGGAGUCCUACCGCGAUGAGGUUUCAAAAUGCAAGAAUGAACGGAGAACGCAUACGGACGAAAUGCAAAAGCGUGCUGAUGGGAUUGCCGCCAGGAUCAAAGCAGAACAGGAUCGCAUGGCCGAAUGCACGAACAAGGUGGAAGGUGAAAAGCAGGGCGAGAAGCAACGCCGCCAAGAGCUCAAACGGUUGGAAGCUACGAUACAAAAGAUUGAGCGAGACAUGCAGGAAGCCCCGGUCGAGGUCGAUGAGGUUGGUUACAGGGAGCGUCGGACUGAAUUGCAGAACAGGAAGAUGGAUGUGGCCGGUAAGAAACGAGAGGUCGCCAGCAGGAGGCAAGACAUUGUCGCCCAAGUCACGAUGUUGAGAAAUCGAAUGCAGGAAAAGGUUAAUGAGCAAGCCUUGCUCAAUACCCAGAGCGGGCAGCAGGCGAACCUGCUCCAAAGGGUAUCAAAAGAUACUGCAACGGGUUGGGACUGGAUUCAGAAGCACAAGCACGAACUCCAACUGAAGGGUGAAAUCCAUGGUCCUCCAAUCUUGACAUGCUCUGUCACGGACCAGCGGUAUGCCGAUAUUGUGGAGGGCCAGUUUGGUGGAAUUGGCGAUGCCACUGCCAUCACAUUCACGAAUGGAGAAGAUCAAAGGCUGAUUUCGAACAAACUCUUGGGUCGCGAUGGUUUGGGCCUGCAUCAAAUCACGCUUCGCAUGGUCGGCCAACCUCUGGCUCACUAUCGAAGCCCGGUCACUCGCGAGGAGCUUAGGGAUCUGGGGUUCGAAGGCUUCGUACUGGAUUACAUCCAAGGCCCCGAGCCUGUCCUGGCCAUGCUUUGUGAGAGCGCCCAGUUACAUCGCGCUGCCUACUCCCCGAACCCGCUGUCCAUUGAGCAACAUGAAGCAGUCGAGCGUAGUCCUAUUGCGACCUGGACAGCCGGUCGGGAAAGGUACAGGGUUACAAGACGUAGAGAAUAUGGAAUCUCGUCGACGCGCGUGACGGCGCUCCCAAGAGCGAAGUACUUCACCGACCAGCCUUCAGACCCCAAUCAAACACGCCAGUUGGAAGAGGAGAUUAGCAAUCUGAAAGGGGAUAUAGAGUCCUUGAAGGAAGAAAACAAUAACGCCAAUGUGGAGGCGGACAAAUAUUCUAACGAAGAGGCAGAUAUCAAAAAAGAGAUUGAAGCUCUGGACGAGAACCAUCGAAGACAGCAAAAGGCACGCGCCCAGUGGGCUGCCUUACCUGAGAAGAAAGCGGAGAAGGAGAGCGAACUGGAUGCCCUGAAAAGCUUGAUGAGGGAGACCAGCAACCGCAUACUGGCCAUCAAGACCAGAUCAGAGAAGGCGGCGCUCAAAGCUGCAUCUCUUACAAUCGAAUAUCAGAAAGCCGUUGCAGCACUCCGUCAAGCUCACGAAAGCCUUGUGGAAGCAGAGAUACGGCUCAUCGAAGCCAACUCGGAGCUGGACUCGGUCAAAAGGGAGAAUCGAGAGAUCAACGAAACCCUGGCUGCACUGGAGUCAAAAUACAACGAGCUGGACAGACAGAAAAGGGAUUUGUCUGCUCGGUACAAAGACAUUACCCGCAACGCUAAAAGACUUUUCCCCACCCUUUCGGAAGAGGAGCGGGAAUACCUGCGCGACUACUCGCAGUUAGCCUCCAUGGAAGAGCUAAACACGGAGAUCGAAGCCGUCAACACGCGGCUAGGACUCAUGGCCGAAGGCAAUUCGCAUGUCGUCGAAGCCUUUGAGAACCGCGAGCGCGAGAUUGCCCACAAGGGCGAGGUCCUCCAGAAGCUCGCCGAGCGCCUGGAGAAGACGAGAGCCAAUAUCCGGACCAUCCGUGAGCAAUGGGAGCCACGGCUCGAUGAACUCGUCGCCACCAUCAGCGACGGCUUCUCGCACAAUUUCGCGCAGAUCGGGUGCGCGGGCCAGGUGGGCGUGCACAAGGACGAGGACUUCGAGCACUGGAGCAUCCAGAUCCAGGUCCGCUUCCGGGAAAACGAAGCCCUCUCCAUCCUCGACUCGCACCGCCAAUCGGGCGGCGAACGCGCCGUCUCGACCAUCUUCUACCUCAUGGCGCUGCAGGACCUGGCGCGGUCGCCCUUCCGCGUCGUCGACGAGAUCAACCAGGGCAUGGACCCGCGGAACGAGCGCAUGGUGCACGAGCGCAUGGUGGACAUUGCGUGCCGCGAGCGGACGAGCCAGUACUUUCUCAUCACGCCCAAGUUGCUGAGCGACCUCAAGUUCCACCCCAAGAUGAAGAUGCAUUGUAUCGCGAGUGGGGAGCAUAUGCCGGCGAGGAUGCGGGGGAGGGAUUGUGGUGAGUGGGGUGAGAUGGCGGUUAGGAAGAAGAUGGGUGUGGCGUGAGAGGUCCUGCCCAGGUAUGAGAAGAUGUAUGAUUCGUGAUGGAGCAAUGUGGUUGAUUUCUUUGGCUGGGUCGACCUUUUGCUUUCCUUGCUCAUGAGCUUGAAGGAUCUAGGGAUGGGAGAUGUGUAUGACGUGGAGAUAUGAAGUAAAGGUUAUGAAGGGAAUAGAUAUCCCGGGAAUUUCUCAUUCUGAAACCUGUUCAUCUCAAGACACACACGACUUGUCCAAAAU